AUGUUGCGCGCCCAAGCGCUCGUGGUCGCUUGCAAGAGGGGUACAGUCAGCCCUGUCUUUGGCACGCGCAACUUUGGCGCAUCCGCUAUCCGACAGGAGCAGCAUCUCGUCAUCCUGGGGUCUGGAUGGGGAGGGUAUGAACUCCUUAGAAGUAUUGACAAGAAGCGCUGGAAUGUCACGGUAGUUUCCCCGACAAAUUACUUCAACUUCACUCCUCUGCUCGCGAGUUGUGCCGUUGGCACGCUCGAGUUCCGCUCUGCUGUGGAACCCGUGAGGCGUUAUACUCCGCAAGUGCAUGCAUAUCAGGCUUGGUGCGACUCGAUUGAUUUCAAGCAUAAAACUCUCACAUGUAUGCCCGCGACCCCACCGCUGUCCUUCCAUCCAGGCGCUACUCCGUCCCCUUCUCCCAAUGCUGAUCCUUCUACUAUUGUACAUUCUCCACCGGGUGAAGGAUCUCCUGCUACCGAGAAAUUCACCCUGAGGUAUGAUCGACUUGUCAUCUCAGUGGGUGCAUACAAUCGAACGUUCAAUGUUCCCGGUGUGAAGGAGCACGGCCAUUUCCUCAAAGAUAUCCGGGACGCGAGGGCCAUUCGAUCUAGGAUUAUCGAAUGUUUCGAGCAGGCUAAUCAACCGACUAUCACGGACGACGAUAGAAGGAAGCUCUUGCACUUUUGUAUCGUUGGUGGAGGGCCGACGGGCGUUGAGUUCGCUGCGGAGCUGCACGACCUAUUACACACAGAGGUGAAACGUCAUUAUCCGAGCCUGGCACGGCUGGCAAGAAUAUCAUUAUAUGAUGUCGCGCCACACAUUUUGGGCUCAUUCGAUGUCGGGUUGCAGGAAUGGGCGACAAAGAAAUUUACACGCGAAGGUAUCCGUAUUUUGACGCAACAUCAUGUCGAGCGCGUUGAGGCGGGUAAGAUGUACGUGAAAGAACAGGGAGAAGUGUACUUUGGUCUGCUGGUCUGGAGUACGGGUCUGGCGCCAAAUCCUCUAAUCCAAAGCAUCACCGAAGCAGAGAAGGAUACCAGGACUGCUAGCCUGAUCACAGACGAACACCUGAACGUCGUGAUGAAGGAUACGGGCAAGCCUGAUCCCGAUGUUUGGGCCGUCGGCGACGCAGCGAUAAUCAAGGACAACCCGCUGCCCGCUACUGCUCAAGUUGCAAAUCAGAAGGCCAGGUAUCUCCGCAAGAAGCUCAAUCUAAUUGCGCGUGACAAGCCCGCUAUUGUGCCAUUCCAUUUCCAUAACGCCGGCAGCCUGGCGUACCUCGGUGACUGGCAGGCAGUAUAUGAUCGCACGCAUGCCGAGUCAGGCCCGAAGACGAAGGAGACGGGGCGUCUCGCAUGGCUUCUCUGGCGGUCGGCGUACUUCACGAUGACGUUGAGUGUGAAGAAUAAGAUUCUCGUACCGGUGUACUGGUGA